AUGAGCAAACAAAAAUCGACAACAACUGUUAUCAGUGGUGCAGCAGCGAUGCCUAGCACCACCACUAUUAUCAACGCGAACAAUCGUGCUGCUGUUGUGUUGUCUCGACCUGUGGGUCGAGUUCUUCAAAAUUUCCGGCUUCUAUGGCUUGAUGCCAAAUUGGAUGAGUCCAAUGACGAUUUCAAGAAAUCGUUUCGACGCCUGCGACGUGUUGUAGCAAGCAUCGAAACAUUUAAAGAUGCUCAAGAAUGCAUUGAUUUUCUCAGUGCCGUUACAAAUCAAAAGGUAUUUAUGAUAGUGUCAGGCUCACUUGGACAAAAAAUAGUAACAGAUAUUGAAACCAUACCACAAUUAGAAUCUGUGUAUGUAUUCUGUCGCAACCAAGCAGCUCAUGAACAAUGGGCCAAUAAAGUACCAAAGGUUAAAGGUGUAUACACAAAAAUCAAACCAAUCUGUAAGGCCUUGCAAAUCGAUCGCGAAAAUUGUGAUCGAGCAAUGAUCUCGAUCAGCUUUAAUGGUCGUGAUGCAUUAUUUAUGUAUACACAACUUUUAAAAGAAGCACUUUUGGAAAUUGAAGAUGACGAUGUCAAAUCAAUUAAAGAUCUCGUAGAGUACUGUCGUCUACAAGAUGAUAUCGAUGAAGGUCAAAUUAGGAAGGUCGAAAAUGAAUAUCGUGAUCAUACACCAAUAUGGUGGUAUACGGCUGAAACAUUUAUAUAUCCAAUGCUCAAUCGGGGACUCCGAGAAAUGGAUGUUGACAUCAUCCUUAAAAUGGGAUUUUUCAUCCGACAUCUACAUCAUCAUAUUACUGAAUUACAUCGUCAACAACAAGAUUCCAUACCAGCAAAAUUUCAAGUCUUCCGUGGACAAGGUUUGUCCAUGGAAGAUUUUGAAAAAAUGAAAAAAACCAAAGGAGGACUUAUGUCCUUCAACAAUUUUCUGUCGACAAGUCGCAAUCGUGAGAUAUCUUUCAAAAACUUUGCACGACCAGCAGCAUUAAAUACAAAUUCAGUUGGUAUUCUCUUCAUUAUGAACAUUGACACGGCUAUUUGUACAAAAUCAUCAACACCAUUUGCUGAACUUACAAUUGAAUAUUACAAAUAUGGUUUUGAUCGAGUUUAA